AUGCUCCCAAGGAAGGCGGAUAGUCGCGAGGUAGAAAAUGAUGGGUGGACGAAGGUCAGCCGGAGGAAGAAUUCUACAGCGAUUACCUCAUACUAUGUCACGAACCUUCCCCAAGAAACAACCACACAGGACCUUAAUGAACUUUUCAAGAAGUUUGGCGGAAUUGAAGAUAUUUAUAUCCAGGGAAGAAAAGACAAAGGCGGUUCAUACUUUGGGUUUGUAAAGUUUGGAGGAAUCUAUGACGCUGCUGCCCUUGAGAGAUCGAUGCAAAAUCUAAGGCUCGGACCCUGCAUCCUGAAGGAAUCAUGGGAAUCUAAACGGACAUUGGAAUGGUUGAACAUAUGCGAAGCUGUGGGAGUGAGAAGCAAGGCCCCACAAAUCUCUUCCUCAACCAAGAGGCAUGUCUCCCUCAAACCAGUUCCGGCCAUGGGGGCAUGGAGUCAUUGUACAUUGAUUGUUGAAGUGCUUGAUUUGCAAAUACUCACACAAAUCCCCAAACUAAUCGAAACAGACGAUAAUUAUACUUGCAAAGUAUUCUAUGCGGGGGGCAUGAAGGUGGCGUUAAGAUUUGACAUCCCAAUUGAAGCAAAAAGUUUCCUAAAAGACGACAACCAAUGGAAUCGGUGGUUUAAAUAG